UGGAUACAAAGGUUAAUAAGAAACUACAUUACCAAAACGCGCAAACCCUAGCUUCGUCUUCCCCGGCCUCACCCUCUCCUCUCAGCGGUCCAGUCUACCUGUCCUGCCGGCCAAGAUGUCGUCGUCGGGCGGCGGCGGGGGGCAGCAGUUCCGCUAUACGCAGACGCCGUCUAAGGUGCUCCACCUGCGGAACCUGCCGUGGGAGUGCGCAGAGGAGGAGCUCGUCGAGCUCUGCAAGCCCUUCGGCCGCAUCGUCAACACCAAAAGCGGCGUCGGCGCCAACCGCAACCAGGCCUUCGUCGAGUUCACUGAUGUUAAUCAAGCAAUCUCGAUGGUUUCUUACUUUGCAUCAUCUUCGGAACCAGCACAAAUUCGAGGCAAAACUGUUUACAUUCAGUAUUCAAAUAGGCAAGAAAUAAUUAACAACAAGAGCCCUGGAGAGACUGCUGGAAAUGUGUUGCUUGUUACGAUAGAGGGUGUUCAAGCUAGUGAUGUCACCAUUGAUGUAAUCCAUAUGGUUUUCUCAGCAUUUGGAUAUGUUCACAAAAUAGCCACCUUUGAAAAGGCUGCAGGUUUUCAGGCAUUGAUCCAGUAUACUGAUGCAGCCACUGCUUCAGCGGCUAGAGAAGCCUUAGACGGAAGGAGCAUCCCAAGUUACUUGCUUCCACAGCAUGUAACAUCCUGCUGCCUGCGAAUUUCUUUCUCUGCACAUAAGGAUUUGAAUAUCAAGUUUCAGUCAAACCGCAGCAGGGAUUAUAACAAUCCAUAUCUUCCAAUUAACUAUUCUGCCAUGGAUGGUACAUUACAGCCUGCUGUUGGUGCUGAUGGAAGGAAAGUGGAGGCUCAAGGCAAUGUUCUUCUUGCAUCAAUUGAGAAUAUGCAAUAUGCCGUUACAGUAGAUGUUCUUCAUACUGUGUUCUCAGCAUUUGGUACAGUCCAAAAAAUUGCUAUUUUUGAGAAGAAUGGUGGCACACAAGCUUUGAUUCAGUAUCCUGAUGUAACUACAGCUGCAGUUGCGAAGGAAGCAUUGGAAGGUCAUUGCAUCUACGAUGGUGGCUACUGUAAGCUUCACCUGUCAUACUCUCGUCAUACUGAUCUGAAUGUAAAGGCACAUGGUGACAAGAGCAGGGAUUACACAAUGCCGCCUGGUGUAAUCCAAGGGGUGCCACAACCACCUGGUGCAGCAGCUACAUCCACCGGGUGGCAAGGUAAUAUUCAAGGAGCCGGGGCAUAUGCCCCACCUGGUGUCCCUGCCCAAAGCCACAACGCCAACGGACAAGUGCCAAGUUGGAAUUCCGGCAACUCAGGGUAUCCCCCAGCCCCAGGAGCAUAUCCAGGUCAGAUGUACCCAUCUCCAGCACCGUACGCAGCAUCAGGGGGCUUCCCUAAUACCCCACCCGCUGCUCCACCGCAUUACGCAGCAUCAGGGGGCUUCCCUACCCAUCCUGCUGCUCCGCCGCACGAGUUGCACACUUCACAGCAGAUGCCACCUCAGCAUGGAAAUCAGUCUGGACCGUCAGGCGCACCUGCAACCAGUCAACCACCACCACCACCAUCGUACUACCAUUAAGUUAAUUCUUUUAUGUUACUGUACUUUUGGUUGUUUUCAUUGAGUUCAACUCAUAUAGUACUGCCAUACCGCCAUCCGAGCAUGUUUAGAUGGCAGUGGUAGCUGAUAGAUAUGAGCAACAAAUACAUGAAUAUGCUUGGGUUUUCACUCACUGUCAAAAUCAGCCACUGUCGCUUCGUAUUUUCA